AUGUCAGAUCCCCGAAAGUACACGGUCGGCUGGAUCUGUGCCAUCGCAACCGAAUACCUUGCAGCGCAACUCUAUUUGGAUGAAGAGCACGACCCACCCGAAUCUGUUUCUGUCAACGACAGCAACGACUACACUUUAGGCAAGAUUGGAAAACACAAUGUCGUUAUGGCAGUUCUUCCAUUUGGCGAGUAUGGAAUAUCGUCUGCCACUGGCGUUGCCAAAGACAUGCUUCGUAGUUUCCCCAACGUCAGAAUUGGUCUGAUGGUCGGAAUUGGGGGCGGCGCACCGACGAAAAAGCACGAUAUUCGCCUCGGAGACGUUGUUGUCGGUGUAUCCAACAGCGGCGAUGGCGCUGUUUAUCAGUAUGACUUUGGAAAGGCUGUGCAAGGUCAGGAAUUCAAGGCAACAGGGUUUCUAAACCAGCCACCGACAUUUUUACGAACAGCUGUGCAAGGACUUUUGACGCAGUACAGGCGUAAGGGACAUCAGCUUGAUACGCAUGUCAACAGGAUCCUGGAAGAGAACCCAAGACUCCAAAAAGACUUUCAACUGCCCGAACUACGCAGCGACCGACUCUAUAUCUCCUCGAAGGUCCAUCCAGUAGAUCAUAAGUCUAGCUGUGCUGAAGUUUGUGGCGAUGAAGCAUUACUACGACGACCCGACCGUGGGGAAUAUGAAGACAAUCCCGCUGUCCACUAUGGCCUGAUUGCUUCGUCCAAUCGGUUGAUGAAGGAUGCUUUAGCAAGAGAUGCCCUUGCAGCGGAAAAAGGUGUUCUCUGUUUUGAAAUGGAAGCAGCCGGACUUAUGAACCAUUUCCCAUUCUUGGUCAUACGCGGAAUAUGCGACUACUCUGACUCGCACAAAAAUCAACAAUGGCAAGGCUUUGCAGCAAUGAUGGCAGCCGCUUAUGCAAAAGAUCUACUCCGCCAGAUUCCUCCAAACAAAGUCGAGGCUGAGAAACCUAUCAACGAAGUUUUGAGUUCCAUUGAGUCUUUGGGGAAAGAGACAAAACAUGCUGUACUGAGUAUGGCAUCUGACAAUCAUUCGACCAAAAUUGAAAGAUGGCUGUCCCCGUCAGACUUUACCACCAAUGCCAACUUGGCAAGACAGCGACGCCAUCCAGGCACUGGAACGUGGUUACUAGAAAGCUCUGCCUUUCAAGAAUGGAAACUCGGGUCGCGCCAACACCUGUGGCUCUAUGGCUUAGCAGGUUGUGGAAAGACUGUUCUGAGUGGGACGAUUCUUGACCAUCUUCGGGAAUCAGCUGCCCAUCACACGGUGCUCGCAUUCUUCUUUGACUUUACCGAUAUCAAGAAAAAAAGACUGGAAGACUUAAAUAUCAAUGCCGAUAUCCGCAACUACGUUGAGACAACGCUCGAAACGAAACCAGAUUUUGUUCGCAAAUCUCUACCUCGAGACAUCAUAGACGAGAUACGUGAACGAAUAGGAGAUGGAUCUGACGGAAUGUUCAGAUGGGCAUCCUGUCAACUGGAAAGCCUUGCACAAUGCCUGAGCCCGAAACAUAUGAGAUUAGCUCUAGCGACUUUACCCCAGAACAUGGACGAGAUGUAUUAUCGCAUACUCGAGAACAUACCAGCAGAAUACAAGAGUGGUGCCAUUCGUCUCUUGCAAUUUCUUGUCCACACCAAGAGACCUCUCAAGCUAGCAGAGGCUAUCGACGUGAUAGCCACUGAGAUAGAAGAAGAACCUCAAGGCUUCGACCCUAAUGGCAGGCUAUCUCUAGAAGACGACAUCCUACAAUACUGCCCCGGCUUUUUGACGAUUAUUAAAGUUACAGGAUACAAUGGUGUUGUAUUUUACCAGAUUCACUUAGCCCAUUUUUCCGUCAAGGAGUAUCUACUGAAACAACCCAAAUUCCACAUCCAAAAUGCCAGCGCUGCCAUCUCCAGAACCUGCUUGGCUUACCUUACCGAUAUCGACGAGAAUGUCACUCAUAUUUACCAUGAAUUCCCGAUGGCAUCUUAUGCGUCGAGGUACUGGACUACAUUUGCCGUUUUGGCUGGAGACUCCGAACAAUGCGUACAGGACACAGUCAGAUUUCUAUGGGACCAGAUGGCAGUUCUGCGAUGGCGUCGGUUGGAGACCAAGAUGAAGUCACCAGUACCUUCCAACGGCGAUGCACUGUAUUAUGCCUGUCAAUUUGGGCUCUUGUGGGCGACGAAGACACUGAUAGUAGAGGGAGCAGACGUGAACGCACAAUAUGACCGGUUUGGCACCGUUUUACAAAUUACCGCCCUGAUGGGCCACUUCGAGAUUGUGCAAUUGCUACUAGACAAUGGAGCAGAUGUCAACGCAAAGAGUGUUAUAUGCGGCAAUGCUCUAUACGCUGCUACCCUUAAAGGCUAUUCCCCAGUUGUGCGAGUUUUGUUAGAGAGAGGGGCAGAUGUCAACGCAAGUGCCGAUGUACAACGUGGAAAUGCUCUGACUGCCGCCUCCUACAGAGGUCACCUGGACAUAAUGCAGCUGCUACUGGAUGCGGGGGCAGAUAUCAAUGCAAGCGGCGGUGUUUCUCGUAAUCCUCUACAGGCGGCUAUAUGGAUGGGUCGCCCAGAGUGUGUGCAAUUAUUACUGGAUAAUGGGGUGGAUGUUAAUCUAAAGGGUGAAGUGUACAGUGAUGUUCUGCACACAAAUUUACCUCCGGAUGUUAAACUGUAA